GAGGAGGAGGUGGUGGAGGAGGAGGAGGAGGAGGAGGAGGGAGAGAGAAGCCAGAGAGAAACUUGUCUUGGGGAUUAAUAGGAGGCAGGAGGAGGGAGAGGUGCACACAGCACCCAACCCCUCUCCUCGUGUCCCUGCAGGAAAUCACCCGGACCAUGAGGGCGACCCUUGCGUUCCUCCUCCCGCUGGCGCUGGCGCUGGUGGCGAGCGGGCAGCGCCGCAAACCGCCCCGCCGGCCCACCCGGCCUCCCCUGCCCUUCGAGGAGCCCGUGGAGCCCACAGAGCUGCCCCCUCCCCUCCCUCCGGGCCCCCCGUCCGUGUUCCCCGACUGCCCGCGGGAGUGCUACUGCCCGCCCGACUUCCCGUCGGCGCUGUACUGCGACAGCCGCAACCUGCGCACGGUGCCCGUCAUCCCCGCGCGCAUCCACUACCUGUACCUGCAGAACAACUUCAUCGCCGACCUGCCCGAGGAGUCCUUCCGCAACGCCACCGGCCUCAAGUGGGUCAACCUGGACAACAACCGCAUCCGCAAGGUGGACAGGAAGGUGCUGGAGAAGCUGGAGAACCUCAUCUUCCUCUACAUGGAGAGGAACCAGCUGAAGGAGGUGCCCUCCUUCCUGCCGCCCAACCUGGAGCAGCUGAGGCUCAGCAGGAAUCAGAUCUCCAAGAUCCCUCCUGGGGUCUUCAACAAGCUGGAGAACCUGGUGCUGCUGGACCUGCACCACAACAAGCUGAGCGACGGCGUCUUCAACAAGAACACCUUCAAGGGGCUCAAGAACCUCAUGCAGCUCAACCUGGCCCACAACAUCCUGAGGAAGAUGCCCCCCGGCGUGCCCAGCGCCAUCCACCAGCUCUUCCUGGACAGGAACAACAUCGAGGACAUCCCCAGCGAUUAUUUCAAGGAGUUUCCCAACCUGGCUUUCAUCCGGCUCAACUACAACCAGAUCUCGGAUAAGGGGCUGCCCAAAAAUUCCUUCAACCUCACCAACCUGCUGGUGCUGCACCUGGCCCACAACAAGCUCACCAACGUGCCCUUCAUCAGCCCCAAGCUGGAGCACCUCUACCUGAACAACAACUCCAUCGAGAAAAUCAACGGCACGCAGAUCUGCCCCACCUCGCUGGUGUCCAUCCAGGAUUUCUCUCCCUCCGACCUGGACAGCGUGCCCCGGCUGCGCUACCUGCGGCUGGACGGGAACCUGCUGAAGCCGCCCAUCCCUCUGGACCUGAUGCUGUGUUUCCGCCUGCUGCAGUCCGUGGUGUUUUAGCCCUGCCCGCCUCUCCCAGGCUUUGCUCGGACAUUUCAGACACGUGGGACCCUCUCUCCCCCUGCUCAUUCCUCGCCUCCAUCCCUCUCCUCGUUUUCCCCUUUUCCUGCCCUGCGGGGACAGCGGUGGCUCCUUGGGGACCGCGCUCUGCCGUGUCACAGCUCGCUGUCCUUGUCCCCCGGCCCUUGUCCCCGGUUCCGUCUCUCCCUUGGUGCCCCGCAGGGUUUGGGGUCUGUCCGGAUGGAGCCGCGGGGCUCGGGGUGUGUUCAGCACCAUGAAACAUUCCCGGUGGGUUUUGGAGCUGGGAUGGGAUGAAUUGGAGCUGAGGGUGGUGGGAUGUGUGGAGAGGAGGGAGGAUGGACAAUCAGGCCAUCACAGAGGAUGGGGACACUCCUGUCACCCUUCUGGAGAGCUUUGGCUCCACGUUUCUCCAGACGAGGAGGAUCUAAAUCCCGCCUGGAGCUGUGGAUCUGUGGGGAUGGAGCAGGGAGGGUUUCCUGCCCGUGUGUGGGGGGAACACCUUCCCACACCCCCUGGGCAGGAGCAGACCCUGCCCGGCUUCAAAUCCCCAUCCUAGAACCGAUCCAUGGGAUCACAGCCCCAUCCCAAAAUCCUGAAUUCACAAUCAUGUGAUAACAGCCCCAUCCCAAAAUCCUGCAUCCACACCCAUGGGAUCACAGCCCCAUCCCAAAAUCCUGAAUUCACAAUCAUGUGAUAACAGCCCCAUCCUAAAAUCCUGAAUUCACAUCCAUGGGAUAACAGCCCCAUCCCAAAAUCCUGAAUUCACAAUCAUGUGAUAACAGCCCCAUCCCAAAAUCCUGAAUUCACAUCCAUGGGAUCACAGCCCCAUCCCAAAAUCCUGAAUUCACAUCCAUGGGGCCACAGCCCCAUCCUAAAAUCCUGAAUUCACAAUCAUGGGAUAACAGCCCCAUCCCAAAAUCCUGCAUCCACACCCAUGGGGCCACAAUCCUGAAUCCUUCCCUGUAAAAUCUUUGGAUGUAGAACCACACCCGUGGGGCUGCAGUCCCAUUCCAGUGUCCUGCAUUCUUCCCUCUAAAAUCUGGGAUCAAGGGCCACACCCAUGGGGCCGCAGCUCCAUCCCAAAAUCCUGAAUCCUUCCCUCUAAACUGGAGGGAUACAGGGCUACAUAAAUGGGGUCACAGCCCCAUCCCAGAAUCCUGCAUCCUUCCCUGUAAAAUCUGAGGAUUCAGGGACGGAUCUGUGGGAUCACAGCCCCAUCCCAAAAUCCUGAAUUCUUCCCUCUAAAAGCUGGCAUCAAGGGCCACACCCAUGGGGCCACAGCACAAUCCCAAAAUCCUGCAUCCACAUCCAUGGGAUCACAGCCCCAUCCCAAAAUCCUGCAUCAUUCCCUGUAAAAUCAGAUCUGUGGGGUCACAUCCCCCAUCCCAAAAUCCUGCCCCCUUCCCUCUGAGAUCUGAGGCUCCAGGGCCACAUCCACAGCUCAGUUUCUCUCCAGAGCCAAUCACACAUGGCUGGGCUUUGCCUUUUUAAAUUUUUUUUAUUUUUUUAAAUUAGAAAUAAAAGGAAGGGAGAAGAAAAGGGAAGAAUCAUCCUUUGGAAGGGCUAUUUUUGUCCCUGCUCUUCCCCGUCCCCACAUGUAUCUCUUCCCCCCCUAUAGCUGUACCUGCAUUUAUUGGGUCUCCGGGUUUAGGGGGGAUUAUUCUCUUCUUUUCUUCCUGAGUCUCAGGAUUUGGAUUUAAAGGCCGAGCAUUAGAGAGAGGAAAAAAAAAAAAAAAAGAAAAUCAAAAUCCAACUGCAAUGAGCAUUAAAUAAACCAAAGAAAGCUCCUUUUGUGCCCAGCCUGCAGAACUGACCCUUCCCAGGAUGGCCACGGACGGGCACCGUGUCCUCCUCCCUGCAGCUGGCACAGGGGUGCUCCCCUUUUCCCAUUCAUUAAAACCUCCUGCUAAUUAAGGAGGGUAAAAUCUGCUUUUCAGCUCUCCCUGCAGUUGGGUGGAACAGGUUUGAGCCCUAAACCCGGACGGAGCCCCCCUGGAUUUAUGUAUAUUUAUAUCUGAUGUGUAUAUAGACUGGUAGAAUGUACAGAUAUUCCCAACGGCGCCCGCACCUCCCAACCCGGCGACUUUAUGGGGUUUUCACUCCCACUCCCUGCAGCAGUGGAAAUAAAAUCGUUCACAAGGGA